GGCUCCUCCCCGCCCCCUCGGUCCGUGGGCACCGCCACCUGGUCCAGAGAGUCCCCCGAGGGGACCUAGAAGCUCCACUCGGGCCGGGCGCGCACUGUGGGGACGAGGAGGGAGCGCGGGCCAGGGAGGAGGAGCGAAGGUGUAGGACAGAACUUCGCCAGGAACAGGAAACCUACGGCAGGGCAGGGGCGGCGACGGCGGCGCGGGGCCAUCGCGCUGUCCCCAGCAGUGGCCUCGCUGCCGCGCGCCGAGGCUGAGCUGUUCGGACUCCUCGGACCCCACGGGCCUGAGCUCACCCUUGCGCGCAGCGGAGACAGUGGGGGCGGCCACAGGAGCGUGAAGCAGCAUGUCUGACAAAAUGUCCAGCUUCCUCUACAUUGGGGACAUCGUGUCCCUGUACGCGGAGGGCUCGGUCAACGGCUUCAUCAGCACCCUGGGGUUGGUGGAUGACCGGUGUGUGGUACACCCAGAGGCAGGGGACCUUGCUAACCCACCCAAGAAGUUCAGAGACUGCCUUUUCAAGGUGUGCCCUAUGAAUCGAUACUCUGCCCAGAAGCAAUAUUGGAAAGCCAAGCAGGCGAAGCAAGGAAACCACACCGAGGCUGCCCUGCUGAAGAAGCUCCAGCACGCGGCUGAGCUGGAACAAAAGCAGAAUGAAUCAGAGAACAGGAAACUUUUGGGAGAAAUCGUGAAGUACAGCAAUGUUAUACAACUCCUGCAUAUAAAAAGCAACAAGUAUCUGACUGUCAACAAGAGGUUACCCGCGUUACUGGAGAAGAAUGCCAUGCGUGUGUCUCUGGAUGCUGCGGGGAAUGAAGGGUCCUGGUUCUACAUUCAUCCCUUCUGGAAGCUGAGAAGUGAGGGUGAUAAUAUCGUCGUAGGAGAUAAAGUUGUCCUGAUGCCCGUAAACGCUGGGCAGCCCCUGCACGCCAGCAACGUGGAACUCCUGGACAACCCAGGCUGCAAAGAGGUGAAUGCUGUUAAUUGUAACACGAGCUGGAAAAUCACUUUAUUCAUGAAAUUCAGUUCCUAUCGGGAGGACGUAUUGAAAGGGGGAGACGUUGUGAGACUGUUUCAUGCCGAACAAGAGAAGUUUCUUACCUGUGAUGACUAUGAGAAAAAGCAGCACAUUUUCCUUCGAACGACCUUGCGUCAAUCAGCAACUUCAGCUACGAGUUCUAAGGCACUCUGGGAAAUAGAGGUGGUUCACCACGAUCCAUGCCGUGGCGGUGCAGGCCAGUGGAACAGCCUGUUCAGAUUUAAACAUCUUGCAACUGGGAACUACUUAGCCGCAGAGCUUAAUCCUGACUAUCGAGACGCUCAAAAUGAGGGAAAGACUGUGAAAGAUGGAGAGCUUCCAACUUCAAAGAAAAAACGUCAGGCAGGGGAGAAGAUUAUGUACACCCUGGUCUCAGUUCCACAUGGAAAUGACAUCGCAUCCCUUUUUGAACUUGAUGCCACAACUCUUCAGAGAGCUGACUGCCUGGUUCCAAGGAACUCCUAUGUGCGGUUAAGGCAUUUAUGCACCAAUACGUGGGUAACAAGCACCAGCAUCCCUAUAGACACGGAGGAAGAGAGGCCCGUCAUGCUGAAAAUCGGAACCUGCCAGACUAAAGAAGACAAAGAAGCCUUUGCCAUCGUGUGUGUCCCGCUGUCUGAGGUCCGAGACUUGGACUUCGCCAAUGAUGCCAACAAAGUGCUGGCAACCACGGUCAAAAAGCUGGAGAAUGGCAGCAUCACUCAGAACGAGAGGAGGUUUGUAACUAAGUUGUUGGAAGACCUCAUCUUCUUUGUGGCAGAUGUGACUAACAAUGGACAGGAUGUUCUGGAUGUGGUCAUCACCAAGCCAAAUCGGGAACGGCAAAAACUAAUGAGGGAACAAAACAUCCUGGCACAGGUGUUUGGGAUCCUUAAAGCGCCUUUCAAAGAGAAGGCAGGAGAAGGCUCGAUGCUGAGGCUGGAGGACCUGGGUGACCAGCGCUAUGCCCCCUACAAGUACGUGCUGCGGCUCUGCUACCGCGUGCUGAGGCAUUCGCAGCAGGACUACAGGAAGAACCAGGAGUACAUUGCUAAGAACUUCUGCAUCAUGCAGUCCCAGAUUGGCUAUGAUAUUUUGGCAGAAGACACGAUCACAGCCUUGUUACACAACAACCGCAAACUCCUGGAGAAGCACAUCACAGCAAAGGAAAUCGAGACCUUCGUCAGCCUGCUCAGGAGGAACCGCGAGCCGAGGUUUCUAGACUAUUUGUCUGAUCUCUGUGUGUCCAACAGCACUGCCAUCCCCAUCACUCAGGAACUCAUCUGCAAAUUCAUGCUGAGUCCUGGCAAUGCGGACAUCCUCAUUCAGACAAAGCUGGUGUCCAUGCAAGUGGAAAACCCCAUGGAGAGCUCCAUCCUUCCUGAUGACAUUGAUGAUGAGGAAGUUUGGCUUUACUGGAUUGACAGCAACAAGGAGCCUCAUGGCAAGGCCAUCAGGCACCUGGCCCAGGAAGCCAAGGAAGGCACCAAAGCUGACCUAGAAGUUCUUACUUACUACAGGUACCAACUAAACCUCUUCGCGAGGAUGUGUUUGGACCGCCAGUAUCUGGCCAUCAACCAGAUUUCAACACAGCUGUCUGUAGACCUGAUCCUUCGCUGUGUGUCUGAUGAGAGCCUGCCCUUUGACCUCCGAGCUUCUUUCUGUCGACUCAUGCUCCACAUGCACGUUGACCGGGACCCCCAGGAGUCUGUGGUGCCUGUUCGCUAUGCCCGGCUCUGGACCGAAAUCCCCACAAAGAUCACGAUUCAUGAGUAUGACUCUACCACAGACUCUUCCAGAAAUGACAUGAAGAGGAAAUUUGCCCUCACGAUGGAAUUUGUUGAAGAAUAUUUGAAAGAAGUUGUAAAUCAGCCAUUUCCCUUUGGAGACAAAGAGAAAAAUAAGCUGACAUUUGAGGUGGUCCACCUGGCCCGGAACCUGAUCUACUUCGGGUUCUACAGCUUCAGCGAGUUGCUGCGCCUGACAAGAACCCUGCUGUCUAUCCUCGACAUCGUCCAGGCCCCCACGUCAUCGUACUUCGAGAGACUGAGCAAAUUUCAAGAUGGAAGCAACAACGUCAUGAGGACCAUCCACGGGGUGGGGGAGAUGAUGACACAGAUGGUGCUCAGCAGAGGCUCCAUCUUCCCCGUCAGUGUGCCUGAUGCUCAGCCCAGCGUGCACCUCAGCAAGCAGGCGAGCCCCGGGGAGCAGGAGGAUGUGACGGUGAUGGACACCAAGCUGAAGGUCAUCGAGAUCUUACAGUUCAUCCUGAGCGUCAGGCUGGAUUACCGGAUCUCGUACAUGCUGUCCAUAUACAAGAAGGAAUUUGGGGAGAACAGUGACAAUGGUGAUGCCUCUGCCAGCGGCUCCCCGGACACGCUGCUGCCCUCAGCUAUUGUUCCCGACAUUGACGAGAUUGCAGCUCAGGCAGAAACCAUGUUCGCUGGCAGAAAGGAAAAAACUCCAGUUCAGCUUGACGAUGAAGGAGGCAGGACAUUCCUGCGGGUCCUCAUCCACCUCAUCAUGCACGACUACCCUCCGCUGCUCUCGGGAGCCCUGCAGCUGCUGUUCAAACACUUCAGCCAGAGAGCGGAAGUGCUGCAGGCCUUUAAACAGGUGCAGCUACUGGUGUCAAACCAAGAUGUUGAUAACUACAAGCAAAUUAAGGCGGAUCUUGACCAACUUCGGCUGACGGUGGAAAAAUCUGAGCUGUGGGUUGAGAAGAGCAGCAGCUAUGAGAAUGGAGAGAUUGGUGAAGGACAGGCCAAAGGAGGUGAAGAGACGAAUGAGGAAUCCAACCUCUUGAGUCCUGUGCAGGAUGGCGUGAAGACACCGCAAAUUGAUAGCAACAAGGGUAACAACUACCGGAUUGUCAAGGAGAUCCUGAUUAGGCUGAGUAAGCUCUGUGUGCAGAACAAGAAAUGUCGCAACCAGCACCAGCGACUGCUGAAGAACAUGGGUGCUCACUCGGUGGUGCUGGACCUUCUGCAGAUCCCCUACGAGAAGAAUGAUGAGAAAAUGAACGAGGUGAUGGAUUUAGCCCACACCUUCCUGCAGAACUUCUGCCGGGGGAAUCCACAGAAUCAAGUUCUUCUUCACAAACAUCUCAAUUUGUUUCUAACUCCUGGACUCCUGGAAGCAGAAACCAUGCGGCACAUCUUCAUGAACAAUUAUCAUCUGUGCAAUGAGAUCAGCGAGAGGGUCGUCCAACACUUCGUGCACUGUAUCGAGACGCAUGGCCGCCAUGUGCAGUACCUGAGGUUCCUGCAGACAAUCGUGAAAGCAGAUGGCAAAUAUGUGAAGAAAUGCCAGGAUAUGGUGAUGACCGAGUUGAUUAACGGGGGUGAAGAUGUGCUGAUCUUUUACAACGAUAGAGCGUCAUUCCCCAUCCUCCUCAACAUGAUGUGCUCCGAGAGAGCUCGCGGCGAUGAGAGUGGCCCCCUGGCCUACCAUAUCACCCUUGUGGAGUUGCUGGCAGCAUGUACUGAGGGGAAGAAUGUCUACACUGAAAUCAAGUGUAAUUCUCUCUUGCCCCUGGACGACAUCGUGAGGGUGGUGACCCAUGACGACUGUAUCCCUGAGGUCAAGAUUGCAUAUGUGAACUUUGUCAAUCACUGUUACGUUGACACCGAAGUGGAGAUGAAAGAAAUCUAUACCAGUAACCACAUUUGGAAGUUAUUUGAGAAUUUCUUGGUGGAUAUGGCAAGGGUCUGUAACACCACCACAGACAGGAAACACGCAGACACCUUCCUGGAGAGAUGUGUGACGGAGUCAGUCAUGAACAUUGUCAGCGGCUUCUUCAACUCACCUUUUUCAGACAACAGUACCAGCCUCCAGACCCACCAGCCAGUCUUUAUCCAGCUGCUGCAGUCUGCCUUCAGAAUUUAUAACUGCACCUGGCCCAAUCCAGCCCAGAAAGCCUCAGUGGAGUCCUGCAUCAGAGCACUGGCUGAAGUGGCCAAAAAUCGUGGGAUUGCAAUCCCUGUCGAUUUGGACGGCCAGGUGAACACACUCUUCAUGAAGAACCAUUCAAGUACGGUGCAGAGAGCGGCCAUGGGCUGGAGGCUCUCUGCUCGCUCUGGACCUCGCUUCAAGGAAGCUCUUGGAGGGCCAGCGUGGGAUUACAGAAAUAUUAUCGAGAAGUUACAGGAUGUCGUGGCCUCCCUGGAGCAGCAGUUCAGCCCCAUGAUGCAGGCCGAGUUCUCCGUGCUCGUUGACGUGCUCUACAGUCCAGAGUUGCUGUUCCCCGAGGGAAGUGAUGCCAGGAUAAGAUGUGGCGCCUUCAUGUCCAAGCUGAUUAAUCACACAAAGAAACUGAUGGAGAAAGAAGAAAAACUGUGCAUUAAAAUCCUCCAGACGUUACGGGAGAUGCUGGAGAAGAGGGACAGCUUCGUGGAAGAGGGUAGCAUACUCCGGAGAAUCCUUCUGAACCGGUACUUCAAAGGUGACCAUGGUGUUGGUGCGAACGGACCUCUGUCCGGGGCCUAUGCCAAGACUGCACAAGCGGGAGGAGGCUUCUCUGGACAAGACUCAGAUAAGAUGGGGAUUUCAAUGUCCGAUAUCCAGUGUCUGCUGGACAAAGAAGGAGCAUCCGAACUUGUCAUUGAUGUCAUAGUGAACACCAAAAACGACAGGAUUUUUUCCGAAGGCAUUUUGCUUGGCAUCGCCUUGCUGGAAGGAGGAAACACGCAAACACAGUAUUCUUUUUACCAGCAAUUGCAUGAACAGAAAAAGUCAGAAAAAUUCUUCAAAGUCCUUUAUGACCGGAUGAAGGCUGCUCAGAAAGAGAUCAGAUCCACAGUGACUGUCAACACCAUAGACUUAGGGAGCAAAAAGAGGGAUGAAGACAAUGACCUCAUGGCCUCAGGCCCAAGGAUGAGAGUGAGAGAUUCAUCACUUCAUCUGAAAGAGGGAAUGAAAGGGCAGCUAACAGAGGCUUCUACAGCCACAUCCAGAGCAUACUGUGUGUACAGAAGAGAAAUGGACCCGGAAAUAGACAUGAUGUGCCCUGGGCCGGAAGCAGGAAGUGCGGAGGAAAAGUCCGCAGAGGAAGUUACCAUGAGCCCCGCCAUCACCAUCAUGCGGCCCAUCCUCAGGUUCCUGCAGUUACUGUGUGAGAAUCACAACCGGGAGCUACAGAACUUCUUGAGGAAUCAGAACAAUAAGACCAACCACAACCUGGUGUGCGAGACGCUCCAGUUCCUGGACUGCAUCUGUGGGAGCACCACGGGCGGCCUGGGCCUACUGGGGCUCUACAUCAAUGAGAAGAACGUAGCUUUGGUCAACCAGACCCUGGAGAGCUUGACCGAGUACUGCCAAGGCCCGUGCCAUGAAAACCAGACCUGUAUCGCCACUCAUGAAUCUAAUGGGAUCGACAUCAUCAUUGCCUUGAUUCUGAAUGACAUCAACCCUCUUGGCAAAUACAGAAUGGACUUGGUGCUGCAGCUGAAGAACAAUGCCUCCAAGCUUUUGCUGGCCAUUAUGGAGAGCAGACAUGACAGCGAGAACGCAGAGAGAAUUCUCUUCAACAUGAGACCCAAGGAACUGGUGGAUGUGAUGAAGAAUGCCUAUAACCAAGGACUGGAAUGUGACCACGGGGACGAGGAGGGAGGGGAUGACGGUGUUUCUCCAAAGGACGUUGGACACAACAUCUACAUUCUGGCCCAUCAGUUGGCCCGACACAAUAAACUACUACAGCAGAUGCUCAAACCUGGAUCCGAUCCUGAAGAAGGGGACGAAGCCUUGAAGUAUUACGCCAAUCACACCGCACAGAUCGAGAUUGUGCGGCAGGACAGGACGAUGGAGCAGAUUGUCUUCCCCGUCCCCAACAUCUGCGAGUUCCUCACUCGGGAGUCCAAGUACCGCGUGUUCAACACCACAGAGAAGGAUGAGCAGGGAAGCAAGGUGAACGACUUCUUCCAGCAGACAGAGGACCUCUACAACGAGAUGAAAUGGCAGAAGAAGAUCAGAAACAACCCUGCCCUGUUCUGGUUCUCCAGGCACAUCUCCCUCUGGGGCAGCAUCUCCUUCAACCUGGCCGUGUUCAUCAACCUGGCUGUGGCUCUCUUCUACCCGUUUGGGGAUGAUGGGGAUGAAGGCAUACUCUCCCCACUGUUCUCCGUCCUUCUUUGGAUAGCAGUGGCCAUCUGCACAUCUGUGCUGUUUUUCUUCUCCAAGCCUGUGGGUAUCCGGCCAUUCCUUGUGUCUGUCAUGCUCAGAUCAAUAUACACCAUUGGUUUGGGGCCAACACUCAUACUUCUUGGUGCUGCUAACCUCUGCAAUAAAAUCGUGUUCCUGGUGAGUUUUGUGGGAAACCGAGGCACAUUCACCCGAGGUUAUCGAGCGGUCAUCCUGGACAUGGCCUUUCUCUACCAUGUGGCGUAUGUCCUGGUUUGCAUGCUCGGUCUCUUUGUUCACGAGUUCUUCUACAGCUUCCUGCUUUUUGAUUUGGUGUACAGAGAAGAGACCCUGCUGAACGUCAUCAAAAGUGUCACACGGAAUGGCCGCUCCAUCAUCCUGACAGCGGUCUUGGCUCUCAUCCUGGUCUACCUGUUCUCUAUCAUCGGCUUCCUUUUCCUAAAGGAUGACUUCACCAUGGAAGUGGACAGACUGAAAAACAGAACGCCUGUCACAGGUGAUCACGGGGCUCCCACCAUGACCUUACCUUCCAUGAUGGGAACCUGCCAGAAGGAAAACUGCUCCACCACGAUCCCAUCUGUGAACACAGCUGAUGAAGGGAGUGAGGAUGGAAUUGAGCGGACGUGUGACACCCUGCUCAUGUGCAUUGUCACGGUGCUGAACCAGGGCCUCCGGAAUGGCGGUGGCGUGGGGGAUGUCCUGAGACGACCAUCAAAAGAUGAGCCCUUAUUUGCUGCCCGGGUGGUUUAUGACCUCCUCUUCUUCUUCAUCGUCAUUAUUAUCGUUCUGAACCUGAUUUUUGGUGUGAUCAUUGACACCUUUGCUGACCUCAGAAGUGAGAAGCAGAAGAAAGAAGAAAUUCUCAAGACAACCUGUUUCAUCUGUGGCCUGGAGAGGGACAAGUUUGACAACAAGACAGUCUCCUUCGAGGAGCACAUUAAGUCAGAGCACAACAUGUGGCAUUACUUGUACUUCAUCGUCCUGGUGAAGGUGAAGGACCCGACGGAAUACACAGGGCCCGAGAGCUACGUGGCUCAGAUGAUCGCGGAGAAGAAUUUGGACUGGUUUCCUCGGAUGCGAGCCAUGUCACUUGUCAGCAAUGAAGGUGACAGUGAGCAAAAUGAGAUCCGGAACCUGCAGGAGAAGCUGGAGUCCACCAUGAGUCUGGUGAAGCAGCUGUCUGGGCAGCUGGCAGAGCUGAAGGAGCAGAUGACAGAACAAAGGAAGAACAAGCAGAGGCUGGGCUUCCUCGGGUCAAACACACCCCAUGUGAACCAUCACAUGCCACCACACUGACACCAUGGGGGCACGCCGUGACCAGCCUUUCAUCAGAUGCCUGCCUCAUCGCUGAAGGAAGGAUGGAGAUGGGGGGAGCAAACAGUGGCUAUUGUUGAAAAGCUAAAAACAGCCAAGUGCUGAGAUGCUGAGCCAUUUAGUUCCCAGAACAAUCCGUAACUGUGUUUUCACGCUUGAGAAGACUCAAGCUAAAAAACCGCACAGGGCACAGACUCUACAGGGCGCAGGAAGCGACCGGACUGCGGGGAGUGGGGAGUGGGGGUGGGGAGCAGCAGUCUCCCUCUGCUCCAUCGAUUGGCCUUGGACUUGUCUCACAUGCUGACUGCAGCCUCUGUCAUGGCUGGCUGGAAUUUAUUGCUUCGGAUUGCAGCACACAGGGCAGAGACAGGAAGCCACACUUUGGUGGCUGAGUCUGACUAAGAAAAAAUUUAAGAGAUUAAAAACAAAACUGGA